UUUCCUAUUAGCAUUUUCAGGCAAUUAAAAAGGAUUUUUGACUAAAAACAAUGUGAAAAAUGUCUUCCGAGUGGAAUAUUAGCGGUUUGUGCCGCUGUUGUCAUACUGAGGGCAACGUACGAAGUCUGGGGGCGCCGUAUUCUUAUGAAGGAACCGAAGAGAUUUACUCUGUUAUGUUGCGAGAAGCUUUUAAUAUUAUUAUAACCCCCACAAUGGGAGAGAACAGUGCAUCUACCUACUGUAUAUGCGUCGCCUGCGCACCCCGGUUGCGCGAUGCCGUGCAGUUUCGGAGACAAGUCCUAGCUAGUGAAGAGAAGUUCGCCGAGUAUUACAGUAAAGGGUUUCCUACAUUCGAAAAUGACGUCAAAACUGAGGAUGAACCACGUGAAGUCGUUAAAGAAGAGGACCAUCAGAGCAUUGAUGACGUGGAAGAUAGCAUGGAUCACGAUGAUGACAAUCUACCCUCGAUGGAGAUAUUCAUUCAGCCGGUGCUAGACCUUGAGGACCAGCCACUCUCCGUGCUGGCAGCCAGCAAGAUCAAACGCGAUCAAGAUGACAAUCCGAAAUCGAAUAAGAAAAUCAAGAAGUUCCCCUGCACGUUUUGUCCGAAGACAUUUUCUUACAACGGCUCGUUAGAACUUCAUAUGAAGAUACAUAGCGGAGAAAAGACGUACCGUUGCCUGCUCUGUGACACCAGGUACGGACUCAACAGGGACUUAACCAAACACAUAAGCGAAUGCCACAAUGAAAGCGGGAAAUUCCCAUGCAAGUUAUGCACUGAAGUCUUCGAUAAACCGAAUAAAUUAAAAACUCAUCUAAACGGCCACUCCGAUCAGAAGUUCCGGUGCAGUUUCUGUGAGAAGGAGUUUCAACGGAAGAAGGGUCUGAAAGAACAUUUGAAAGUGCAUUCCGGUGAGAAGAAAUAUACAUGUGACAUUUGUAACAAGUCGUUUGGUCACAAUCAGACGUUGAAGUCACACAUUUUGACCCACACCGGGGAACGGCCUUAUGUAUGUGAUGUAUGUGGCAGACGGUUUCCACAACGGACACAUCUCAAAAGACACAUUUUCAUAAUCCAUGCUGGAAUUAAACCAUACUCCUGCAACAUAUGCAGCAAACAGUUUUCUAGUAAAAGUUACUUAGCAAUCCAUGAAAGAGUUCACACUGGAGAGAAACCGUUCUCAUGUGACGUUUGCAAGAAGAACUUUACAGCGUACACAACUUUGAAGGUCCACAUGAGAGUUCAUACAGGAUUUAAACCGUACUCAUGUAGUUUCUGCUCAAGACAGUUCGCUCAAAUGGCAAGUUUCAAGUUGCAUGAACGGACCCACACCGGUGCUAAGCCGUACUCCUGUGAAGUUUGCCAGAAACGUUUCUCGGACAACGGGUAUUUAAAAAUCCAUAAAAGGAUACAUACAGAUGAGAAGCCCUAUUUAUGUGAAGUGUGUAAACGGUCGUUUAGGGAGACGGGGCAGUUGAAGAGACAUAUGCAAAUACACACCGGGAUCAAACCUUAUACAUGCAAAAUAUGUAACAAGCAAAUAGGUAACCUAUCUAAACAUAUGAAAGUACAUUCCGAAGAGAGACCAUAUAACUGUAAUGUCUGUCACAAGCAGUUUUCAAUCAACGGUAACUUAAAAUUGCAUAUGCGAAUACACUCCGGUGAAAGAUCAGUUACAUGUGACCAAUGUAACGGUCAUUUCAGUCAGAAUAGUGGAUUAAAAAAGCAUAGGUGUGGGCAGGGUAAGAACGAAUGAAAUGACAAUGGCCCCGAUUCCUGCAGACACCUCCUAAUUUUAAUAGAAUAGAAAUAGUUUAUUAUAAAAGGACGCCACACACAAAAAAAAGACAACAACAUCAUAUCAAAUUUCCACUAAAACAAUUACAAAAACCAAGACAGAUGUUUGUCGAAAUGAUCAUAAGGUGGUGGUGGACGUCCUGAGAUAAAAGGGCCUCACUCAGCACAAGUCGCGGCGUGAACCACGACGCUGAUAUUAUGUGGACCCUGUUUUACUUUAAGUCAUACCUGUCAUUUUCUUAUCCACCGAAAAGGAAAGGGACGGAUGAUUGACAGCUCUUAAUUUUAGAUUCUUUCUAAAAUUAAGAGCGUAAAUGGAUGAAUAACCCGGGCGAAUCAAAAAGGUAUCUCGCUGGUAUGCAAACCGUUUGACGUGUGCUCUCAACUUAAUUCUGUCGGGUUAUUAGCCAAUGCAAAAUGUUUAAAGGGUUGUUUUAGACUUGUGUUUAAAAUUGACGUGUGUUCCAUAAAUUUUAUGCCUAUCGAUUACCCGUCCGUUUCCUUUUUGGCGGAUAAGAAAAUGACAGAUAUAACUUAAAAUAAAAUUCGAUGGUUUCUUUACUCAAAUAGUAUGGCGAACUGUCAAAAUUUCAACAAUAACUCAACAGUAGCGACACCUGAAAGAGAGAGAAAUGAGAGAUAAAACUAAACUUGUAUUAUUGAUGGGAGAAAUAGGCAGGUUUUAUCCUUAUUACCUAAUAAGUGAUUAUUCAAAUUCGUUUGAUCUUUGCUUGACUGUCAAAUACAUGCAGGAUGUUAGUGACAUCGUAACGAAUACUGAGGGGGAUGAUUCAGACCAUGAUUCCGAUUUGAUAUCAAGUGGAAUAUCCUGUCGGAAAAUUUAUUAUUUCUUUUUUAUUUUGGUGCAAUAAAGUGUAUUUGUAUUGUAUUGUAUUAUUUUUUUGUUUAUUAAAUUAUUUAUUGAGGAUAUCCAACAGCUUAUUAAUUAACUAAGAAUAAUUACAGUAAGUACAAUGUUUGUUCGCCAAUCACAGGAUACUACAAAUAAAACAAAUUGUAGAACUUGAUGAGAACAGUAAACAAAACUAACGAUACAAUGCUAGGCUUAAAGUAUAUAAAAAUAUAUAUAUUAUAAAAAAAACUGGAAAUGUUACAAAAAGAUUGUUUAUAAACUUAAAACCUAUAUAUUAUAAACUAUUGUCAUUAUAAGCAGGCACAGACUAAAAUUGGUUUACGUGACCACAAAUAAAUAUAAAAAUAAAAGAUUACUUAAAAAUAUAUAUAUAUAAAAUUAAUUAUUAUUAUAUAAAAUUAAUUAUUAUAAAUUAAUUAUUUUAUAAAAUUUUCAGUUCUAUAUUUUGCGACGCAAAAUUCCACUUGAUAUCAACUGAGAAUCAUGUCCUGAAUCAUACCUAAGUUUUCGUUACGAUGUCACUAACACCUGUAUAAAAAUGUUCACCGCUAUAUAUUGUUAAGGUGGUAAUUGUAAUUAAUUUAUUAAAAAGCAUUAUAAUUAUAUAACUAUUUAAUUUAACAAUUAAGUAUGUAAAAAGAAUAUUAAUGUAAUAAUUUUGA